GGAGACUUGGGCACACAGCACUAGCUUCAUCUUGAUCCGUAGUUCCCAAGACUGCCAAAAUGGCUUCAAGCGUUGACCUUGAAGACCGCUUUGACAUCUCCGGGCCGACGCACAUCAUGUCCAGAGCCGGCGGCACCGGCCGUUCUUCUCCAACGACGAUUGACUGGAACAAGGAGGAGCACCGCCGUUGCGUGGCCGCCUGCAUCGUGAAAGGCACGUACAUCCUGGAGAACGACAGGACCAGGUGCAGGGUGCACGCGGAGGCGCUGGCGCCGCCGUGGUGGGAGAGCUUCCACUUCCGCCUGGUGGACGUGCUCAAGGACGAGUCGUACAAGCGCAGCGGCGACAAGUUCAUCUUCGGCGCCAUCUACGAGCACGUGCCGCCCCCGGGCGGCCGCCACCACCACCCAUCCGCUCCACGGUACGUCGUCGCCUUCCGUGGCACAAUGCUGCUGCAUCCCAAGGCGAUCCACGACCUGUGCCUCGACUUCAAGAUCCUGGUCAACACGCUCGCGGAGUGCAAGCGCUCCCAGCGCGCGCACCAGGCGGUGGACACGCUCCUCAAGACCAUCGCCAAUGGCAAAACUGCCGCAGGAGGAGGAUCAUCCGACAGCGUGUGGCUCACGGGGCACUCUCUGGGCGCGUCGCUGGCUCUGGACGUGGGGCGGGCCAUGAUGUCGGAGCAAGGGCUCAGCAUCCCGACGUUCCUCUUCAACCCGCCGCAGGUGUCGUUGGCUCCGGCCAUCAACAAGCUGCUCCCGUCGGAAGGGCUGAGGAGGGAUUUGUACGCCAAGAGCAACCUCGUCAAGGCCGGGCUCGGGCUGGUGCUCAGCCCACACAGGAAACGCAUGGAGAAGCUGUUCGAGCUGCUGUCCCCGUGGGCGCCGAACCUCUACGUGCACGACAAGGACCUCAUCUGCCAGGGCUUCAUCGACUACUUCGGGCAGCGGCAGCAGUGGGAGGCGCAGGAGGAGCAGCGGUGCCGCGGCGGCGUGUCCAAGUCGUCGUCGGCGAUGACGCUGUCGUACCGUGACAUGCUCUUCUCCGUGCUCGGCAAGGAGAAGGAGCGGCCGCACCUCCUGCCGUCGGCCACGCUGUGGAGGAACUCCAGCGUGGGCAGCGACGCGCACGGGCUCCAGCAGUGGUGGAAACCGGACGGCGAGCUGAGGUUGAGUGACAGGCGUUAUAGCUAUCCUUGAGCAUGAACUUGUGUGCCACGUUGUAUGCUGCUUGUUUGUCAGAUUACUGUGUAUCUUCUUACUUAUCAUUUUCUCAGUGAUGGAGACUAGACGCUAGGUUUAAUUUAAGGGGUUCAGUAAAUGUCUGUUUGACCGUUCCCUAAUUGGGCGACAGUCAAUUUUUUCUUCGGAGAUUCUAGUUUUGAUCUUGGUGAACGUUUAUGCCCGAAA